GUUGACAACCGUGUGAGCAGUCAUGGCACCAGUGCACCACUGCUACCCAUCCUGCAUAGGUUUGGUGCCGUGCCACCCCUGAAGAGUCCCUCAUCAAGCCCUCCUGUCUGGGAUGACAACAUGCCAAUGGAGGUUAGCCCAACAGAGUGUCUGCUGCGAUACUUAGAGCUGCCCGAGGAUGAGGGAGUAAGUGUGGACCUAGAGCAGGCUGCAGUGAUCUUGCUGUGCCACCUGGACCGUCUGGCUGUCCCUCACAACCCCCCCCUCCACACACCGCAUGGCAGACCAACUCAAGGGCAGGAGGUGCUGUCUUGGGGUUGGCUGGCCUGGUCUGGGGUCUCUAGUCACUCCCGCCCCCUCAAUUACUGUGACACACUGGCUGAGUUGGGCAUCAAGUCCCUGGCAUGUGCUGAGCGAUGCCUCCUCAUCCUGACCCAAAAAGGCACCUUGUACACCCUCUACUACAACUCUGAAGCACCGUGCCCCCAGCCAGUGCCCGGCCAGCCUGAGGAGGAGGUGGCGAAGGUGGCUGCCCAUCCUGAUGGAAAACACUAUUUAGCUCUCACUGCUGGGGGACAGGUCUACUCUUGGGGCAAUGGAGAUGGCGGACGUCUUGGGCAUGGGGACAGCAACUCCCGAGAAGAGCCAACACUAGUGCAAGAGCUGCAGGGCAAGACAGUGGUAUCCAUUGCCUGCGGGUCCACCUACAGUGCUGCCAUCACCAACCAGGGGGAGUUGUACACUUGGGGCCGUGGCAAUUAUGGCCGGCUUGGUCAUGGCUCCUCUGAUGACCACAGUGUGCCUACUCUGGUCACUGCUCUCAAGGGAGAGCGUGUGCUUGAUGUGGCAUGUGGCAGCGGGGACGCCCAGACCAUUGCUGUGACGGACGUUGGCAGUGUGUACUCCUGGGGUGACGGGGACUAUGGCAAGCUGGGCCGGGGUGGCUCAGAUGGCUCCAAGGUGCCUCGACUUGUUGACAAGCUACAGGGGCAAGAGAUUUGCCGAGUGUUCUGUGGUGCCCAGUUCUCCCUAGCUCUGAGCAAGUCUGGUUCUCUGUUCACCUGGGGCAAAGGGGACAACCACCGUCUGGGCCACAACACAGAGGAGCACGUCAGAUAUCCCAAGCAGGUCAAGGGACUAGCAGGCAAGAAGGUGACCGAAGUGGGGGUGGGGUGCAUGCAUGUGGUCGUGUUGACAGAAGAGGGCGAGGUGUAUGUGUGGGGUCGUAAUGACCAGGCACAGCUUGGGGAUGCCCCACACGUGGCCUUGGCCGAACCGACCCUGAUGUCCUCACUGCAUGGGAAGAACAUCAUUGGCAUUGCCUGUGGCCCAUCACAGACAUUUGCAUGGAGCACAAAAAUGUCUUGGUCAGUCUCCACUAGAAUACCCUAUGUGGUUGAGGUGUGUGAAGAGACAUUUGUGAAGCUGAAUGACUUGCUGGCACGUGUGGGUGAAGGCUUGGCUGAGGAUCGCAUCCCUUCUCAGGAGCAGGAGUGCAUGGUUGUGGGUGGCCUCAACCUCUUAAGACUCCAGCUUCACUCAGCAGUGCAGAACCACACUGAUGUGGAUGCCGUCGGGCUGCAUGUGGGUUCAUCCUUACUGGGAAGCCUCAAGCAACGUGUUGUCAGCCUUGCCAGUAGUUCUGGUGUGCUGCCCACCAUACAGGUGGCUGCACAAGCUACGUUACAGACAGGCUGGUCCAUCCUGCUGCCCACUGCGGAAGAGAGAGCUAAGGCCCUCUCCUCCCUCCUUCCCAGUACAGGUUCAGACAUCUCCAGCAUGAGUUCAGGACGCCGCUUCAUGAUCGACCUCUUGGUGUCCAGCCUGAUGGCAGAUGGGGGGCUGGAGAUGGCACUCAGUGCUGCCAUCAAAUUUGAAGUUCAGGAAGCAGAGUGGACUGAAAAAAAUAAGGUGAUGCAAGGAAGCUGCAGUGGAGCAGGAGGAAUCAACUCCAGCCCUCGGAAAAAUAUCCGAGGAGAGGGUGCUGCCUCACGCCGCUCCUGUGACAAUUCUGUUUCAGAGGACCAAUCAGCCACUCUUCCACUCCUCCAUCUGGUCCGCCAGCUGCUUAGGAAUGCAUCCACACAGACACUCAUGAGGCUUCAGGCCAUUGCUCCAGACAACAUGUCCAUGAUCUCUUCUGGGAUCCUUGUUGAUGGAGAGCGAGGUGGGCCAGUCCUGGGCAGCCAGGGAGAGUUGUCUCCCUCAAUACAGCUGCUGCUCAGGUUUCAGAGGCUACUAGUCAGUCAUUUGUUCCCUGUGGAGAGCAAUGUCAGCCCAAAGCACAUCAUGCAAGAGAAUGAGGUGGAGGGUGCCGGGUGGCUGCUAAGGAAGUACUUGAGCCUCCUGGUGGGCCACGUGUCUGAUACACUCUCCAUAGCCACCUCCCUUGCCACCAUCAACACACGCCUCACCGCCCUCACCUGCACCAUCCUUCAACGAGACAUAACAGGCCUUCUGCUGGGGGAGCUGUUUGUCUCUCUGCUGGUGGUGUGUGUGCACAGCCCUAAUGUGGUGCUGUCUUGUGACCUCAUCUCCCCCCUGCUGGCCCUCCUGGAGCCCCUGGACCGAUUCAACCAGCUGGCGCCAGGUGCUGACAGAGAGGAUACUGAAGACAUGGCCUGGCCAGGAAUAAUUGUGAACACAAUCAAGCAAACAGAAGAGAUGCCAGUCAUCCGCAAAGCUGACUUAGAGAAUCACAACAAAGAUGGCGGUCUUUGGAUUGUGGUAAAUGGAAAGGUGUAUGAUGUACAGGAGUUUAGGUCUACUGCACCAUGUGGGAGUGACAUUCUACAGUAUUAUGCAGGCCAGGAUGCCACUCAGGUGUGGGAGAUGGCCAACCACUCUCCCCGGGCCAAAGAAAUGAUGGCCAGCUAUUUUGUAGGGAACUACAUGGACCCAGAGCUGGAGGUUGUACAGGUGUUAGAUGCCAGCACUCUGUCAUCGCCUCUGGUUGACACAGAGAGAGCCUUGGCAAUGCUGGUUGGAGUGUAUGGCAGCUGUCUUGCCCGGGGACAACCAGCAACACCUUGGGAGCUUGGCCACCAGAAGUGGAUCACAGCAGAAUUCAUGAGAGCUGGAUGUCAGACUGUGCAGCCUCCUGACCCCUAUGAUGAGGAGAAAGGUGAGGCAAGGACAGGUUCAUCAGCAACCACCCCAGGCUCUGUGACCACCCCUGGGGAUGGCAGGAUGCCCCGCCCUGCUGACCCACUUGUGCACAGAAAAUCAAAGCAAGGCUCAAACACCAGCCCCCAAGAUGAAAUUGAAACUUACUUCUCAAAUAUGGCAGACUAUUUCCUCUCGGCACUAAUGGAUGGAAAGACACAGGAUCCCUACGUCCAAAUGUAUUUGUCUUUAUGUGACCGGGAGAUCCGUCACUCAAGCCGCCACUCUUUGCACACUAAUUUCUCCUUGGACCAUCCCAUUGAAGAAGCUGGGCGGCUCCUUUCAGCCACACUGCUGCGCCACACACACCUCACGCCACAGCUCAUUGAGGUCUUGGAGCAAGGCUUGGCACUUAGUGCUGAAGAUAGCCAUGGGUGGGAGACGGCCCUGGAGCUGCCUCGGGGUCUUCAAGAGCUGCUGCGCCAUGUCCAUAAUACUAAAUGGCAACUCAUAAGACGCCGGCAGGAGCUGACCCGCUCUUACAAGGAGGUGUGUGCGCCAGUAAUGGAGAGGUGCAGAUUUGUGUUCUAUGAGGUGCGGCCAGCCAGCUGUGGUGACGUGGAAGCUCUGGACAAGUUUGCAGUCCGUGGAGUGUCCAGAUGGAGGAAGGUGACACAGUUGUUACGCCUCCGUUCUAAUGACACAACUGCAACCACCCAGGAGAAAGAUGAGCUACUGGACACAAAGGAGGCUAGUGGAUCUGCUGAGGACAUCAGUCUCAACAGUAGCCAUGGUGAGGAGCGGGGCAAUGUCCAGGACAGCUGUGAUGACGUGAGUAGUGGCCGCCUUGACAAGCAGGAGGAUGCUUGUAAGGACUUACCAGAGCCAGAGGAUUCUAGUCAUGGUGGAACAGAAACAACAAGAGACAACAAUAUUAAGGAGGCAGACAUAGAUGCUCUGGAGAAGGAACUCAGGAUUUUGCCAGAUGGAAGGAAGCAGCAAGAGGGGAAAAAGGGAUCUGUCAGCCUUAAUCUUAAACGGUCUCCAUCAUUGUCUGGGGCUCCUCUCACUCCCUCCAGGCCAUGCUCGUUGCUGACCCCCACGGCACCUCCACCAACAGCAAGGGUUGUGGAGUUGGCCUCCAAGGUGAUAGAGUUUGUUUGCUCUGAAGAAACUAUAAACAUUGAAGCCAUGAGGAAAGCUUUCUUCAGCCAGAUGGAAAGAGCAGAAAUGAGACUGAGAGGCACUGAAAUGUUUUUAGGGCUAGUUCAGAAGAAAAACUUCCUUCCUUCAGUGAGGUUAACCCUCAUUCAUGGAUGGCUUGGCCUGCUACCAUUUGCCCCCAAGAACUCGUUUGUGCUUCCGGAUUGUCUUGAAAAUAUACGUCUUGUUCCUGUGUAUCAACGAGCUGUGUUGAAAGCAGCCUGGGCUAGACUCUGGGAGUGGGCUGUUGGUGAACUGCGGGAACAUGUUCUGAAGGCAGAACAGUUUUGUGUGGCAUCUCAUUCCAAUGGGCGUGUUGCGAAGGCCAAGGACAACCCAUCCUACAAGGAUUCCAACCUCAGCUGCCGGGACCAUAAUACAUUGGCUUCAAUGCCACUCUCAAGGUUCAUCCUGGGUAUGGUGUGUUUGUGUACUCGAACCCACAGUGGGGCCGACCUCAGUCUCCUGGUGUCUGGUGGACUGCUGGCUCUUGUGCAGACACUUCUUAGACUCAUUGGCCCAUCAAUGCCUGCAAACGGGAGGAGUGAAGAGAAGGAAGAGCUGGUAGCUAUAUUUGAGGAGGCAGCGAAGAAGCCUCGCAUCCCUCCCCCGCCUCUCUCAGGACCAGAGUUAGCAGCUCUCAUGAAGGUUGGCACAAGGGUAGUGCGAGGGAUAGACUGGAAGUGGGGUGACCAGGAUGGCCCAGCACCAGGUGAAGGAACAGUCAUUGGGGAGCUUGGGGAAGAUGGCUGGAUUCGUGUUCACUGGGACAACAGCUCAACCAACUCCUACCGCAUGGGCAAGGAGGGGAAGUAUGACCUCAAGUUAGUGGACUCUCCCUUGCCUCCUGCCCCUGAGAGUGACUCUGACACCGAGGAGGAGGAAGCCUUGUGGUCCAUGCGGAAUCUUCUUCAAAACCUUCAGUCACAGCAAGUCUCCACUGUGACAGAAUCAAGCCUCUAUCGCAAGCAUCCCAUCUUGGUGUUGAGGGACUCCUGCCUGCAGCUGCUGCGCUCCAUCACCAUCUCCACCGGCCUGUCUGCCCAUAACAUGGCUCCUUCCAGUGUGCGGACAGUUGCUGCUUUGCUGCACUCAAUUCUGCAGGCAGGAACAAGUCAGUCAGAAGAGUGUGAUGCUCUCUUGAAGGAACAACACAACUCUUGGUGCACCCUGGGUUUUGUGCGCUCAGUCAGCUGCUCCCCAAUGUUGUGCCGGAACCUCGCCACACCUCCCUGGGUUAACCUCCUCCUUAACUUGGCGCAGACCUACAUUGGACCAGCUUCACUCUACCGAAGGAUCCUGGCUCUGCGUCUCCUAAUGUCUGUGCUGCCUCACCGCAUCGAUGACCUGGAGGAGCGACAGGCACUGCUGGACCGCAUCUUCUCUCUUCUCGGCAACACCAUCCUCACUUGUGCCAAUGAUCCUGCUAUUUCAGCCACCAGCAAAAAAGCUCAUGGCAGCUGCGUUGCCAUCACAUCCACUCACUCCAGCACAGUCGCAGAGACUGUUGUUUCCCUAGUGCGAACCCUCCAUGCCUUGCCUGUGUGGAACGGUGUCAUUAAUGAGGCCAUUGUUGAACGCUUGGGCUUGGUGGCUCAGCUGCUGUCUGAUCUCUCUCAGUUUCAGUUUAAGGUUGAUGACUGCCACCCUGGUAGCCUGGCCAGUCAAGCGACAGGGAUUGCUGCCUCCCUGGCAAUCAUUGGAGGUGUUGAUGUGCGGCCACGACUUGGAGGGGAUGUGGCGCUGGAAGAAGGAGUGCUUGGAACCAUUGCCCGCAUUGGACAGCACAAGGUGUACGUCCAGCCCCAUGAGGGUGGCUCCCUGCUGCGCCUCAGCCUGGCUUCUGUCGUGCCUUCACCCACCAAAAGAUUUGCUGUUGAACGCAUGAGUGUGACGGCAGCGUGUGUGCAGGUGUGGGUCUCCCUGGUGGCCCUGGCCGGGGACUACUCAAGGAGCUUCCAUGUCUCCAGCCCCCUCACACUUUCCCCAACACUGCUCAGGAUACAACAGCUGCGGAUGCUUGUGAUGAAUGCUUGCCGUGCUGUGCUGAGUCACCAGUCCCUGCUGAGGCUGGUGUUACUCCAACAAACAGCAGAGAUCUCCACCUCUACCAAUAACCUGGAUGCUGCAACUGAUGAUACUAGUCAGGGAUCUGAGAUAUUGCUGAUCCAGAGGCUAAUCUCUGCCUCAACCCCUCCCUCACCAGUCAAAGCAUCUUACACCAGAGAGCAGUUGGAGACAGCAGCUCUGGCUCUGUGUGAGAACCUGACCGAAGAAAUGUCUCACCCGUCACCAAUCACUCCGUGCUCCAACGACGAUGUGUCCAGCCCCCAGAGUGACCACUCCUUGGGUGGCCCAACUUCCUUUGGUGUUCUCAACAAGACUCAGGCAGCACAGACCCGCCCGUCCCGCCCCGCACACACGCCCAGGAGCAGGCGCACACGAACCACCUCCCCGACACCUUUAGUCCGGCAGCUCAUGGAGAUGGGAUUUUCAAGAAAGAGUGUAGAGCAUGCAAUCAAAGCACUAGGAGGACAAGGUGGAGAGGCUUCCCCGAGCCCCGAGUCUUUGGUGGUGUGGCUCAUCGAACACAAUGACCUUGCUCUCUCUGACUCCGACACUGCCCCGGACGUCCUUGACUCUGAUGCAGACUCCCUCACUGAUGAGUUUACAGAUGAACCCCCUUUGUUGGAGCAGUCCCCAGUUGUGGAGGUGUACCGCAAGCGACUGGAGUUCACAAGCAAUGAUGAGUAUGCCAUGUACGUAAGAGAUCACAUUGCACCCGGCAUGACGGUGCGUUGCUGUCGAACUUAUGAGGAGGUGUACGAAGGUGACGUCGGUCGUGUGGUGAGGGUUGACCGUGGCUCCUUACAUAACCUCAACGUGCAGGUUGAUUGGCACCGCAAGGGAGGGACCUACUGGGUGCGCUACAUUCACAUUGAGCUGCUGGACCAGUCCCCACCUCCCUUGGCCACCAAUGGGCCCAUCAGGGUCGGAGAUAAGGUGAGGGUGAAGAGCUCGGUGGUGGUGCCAAAGUACAAGUGGGGCUCCGUCAAUCAUCGCAACAUUGGCGUCGUAACAAGCGUGAGCACCAAUGGCCAAGACCUCAUUGUUGAUUUCCCUCAGCAGCCCAACUGGCAGGGGCUUGUGAGUGAGAUGGAGGUUGUACCCUCUUGUCACCUCAGUGUGACAUGUGAUGGUUGUGGAGUCUCUCCUAUUACAGGGGCAAGAAUGAAGUGUAAAGUGUGUGAUAAUUUUGACUACUGUGAGGAAUGCUACCAGACCAAGAGGAGCCAUCGACAUCUGUUCAACAGAAUAGCUGAACCAGGGAGUGCUGCUGUGUAUGCGGGUCCUCCAGGGCGGGGUCGCUUCCGUAAAAAGGAGGGUAUUUUAGGGGGUGCAGAUGGCACAGUAGAAGACUGGUACCGAUGUGUGCGCAACUUGAGUGUGUCCUCCAGAGAAAACUGGGCUCACCGGCUUAUUGACGGAACAGGAAGCUACUGGCAGAGCUGUGGCCAAGAGGGCAAGCAUUGGAUCCGCUUGGAGAUGCAGCCUAAUAUUGCAGUGGAAUGGCUCCGACUGUUGGUAGACCCUGCAGAUAGCUCCUACAUGCCCACAUACCUCGUGGUGAGUGGAGGCGAUUCCCUGGCCAAAAUGAAGGAGCUCAACCCAGUCAGGAUCACUCCAUCGGACACUUGGGUUACCAUCUUGCGUGGCAUGAAGGAGUGUCUGAAAUAUAUUGAAAUAAGCAUCAAACAGUGCAAAAGUGGAGGCAUAGACUGCAGAGUGCAUGGUUUGGCUGUGAUGGGAAAGAUUGUGGAUGACUUUGGAGACCCAGCCUCAUCCGUCUCCUUCCUGGCUUCAGAUAAUGAGGAUGUUGAGGAUGAGCUAACAGACAUGUCCAGAAAGAGCCUCACCUCAGUCAUGAGCUUUGAAGGGGAGCCCAAGGUGUUGGUGUGGGGCCUCAAUGACAAAGACCAGCUGGGGGGCCUCAAGGGCUCCAAAGUGAAGAUGCCAGUACUCUCUGAAACCCUGAGCAGCCUCCACCCUGUUCAUGUGGCUGGGGGAUCCAAGUCUCUGUUUGUGGUGUCCCAGGAAGGCAAGGUGUAUGCUUGUGGAGAGGGCACAGGUGGCAGGCUGGGGCUGGGCCACUGCAGUAACAUCCCAGUUCCUAGACAAGUCACCGCCCUCAGCCAGUAUGUAGUGAAGAAGGUUGCUGUUCAUUCAGGAGGCCGCCAUGCCAUGGCCCUUACAGUUGACGGGAAGGUUUUCUCAUGGGGUGAGGGUGAAGAUGGGAAGCUUGGCCAUGGAAACCGUCUGAGUUAUGACAAACCCAAACUUAUUGAAUCCCUGAAGUCAAAACGCAUUAGAGACAUUGCUUGUGGCAGCUCUCACUCAGCAGCCAUUACUUCAAGUGGAGAGCUGUACUGCUGGGGCCUUGGGGAAUAUGGACGCCUUGGUCUGGGAGACACCUCGACGCAACUUAAACCAAAACUCGUGAAGACAUUGCUUGGACAAAGGGUUGUUCAGGUGGCGUGUGGCAGCCGUGAUGCUCAAACACUGGCGCUGACAUGUGAGGGAAUGGUUUAUUCUUGGGGUGAUGGAGACUUUGGUAAGCUGGGUCGGGGUGGCUCUGAAGGCUGUGCACUGCCUCAGAACAUUGAGCGGCUCAACGGCCUCGGUGUGUGCCAGAUUGAGUGUGGUGCGCAGUUCUCGCUGACUCUCACCAAAAGUGGUCAGGUGUGGACUUGGGGCAAAGGCGACUACUUCCGCCUAGGACACGGUACUGACCAGCACGUGAGGCGGCCCACCUUAGUGGAGGGGCUUCGAGGCAAGAGGGUGGUGCAUGUGGCUGUGGGUGCCCUGCACUGUCUAGCUGUGACGGAGUCUGGCCAGGUGUACGCUUGGGGUGAUAAUGACCACGGGCAGCAGGGCAACGGGACUACCAUUGUGAAUCGCAGGCCAGCACUGGUUUGUGGCCUUGAGGGAAUUAAAGUCGCCAGAGUUGCCUGUGGCUCCUCUCACAGUGUAGCGUGGACAGCCCCAGAUCCUCCCUUGCCAGCAGCCACUGAGCCUGUCAUGUUCACCACCACCAAGGAUCCACUGGGGGCAUAUGCUCUAGGUGUGACAGAGCCCCUUGGAGGAGACAGUGGAGCAUGUCCUUCAUCCUCCAACGGUGGAGGAGGGACCCCAGCCAUCCCCUCCCUCUCCCGCGUUGUGCUAACCUUAGAGUCUUCAGCAGCCCGUCAAGCAGCGCUGCAGCACAUUCUCAAUGCACUACAAGUAAUGUUUGCCAGAGACUGUGUCAUCGCUGCUCUUGACACCACUGCCUCAGCUCUUCCUCAAGCCAAAGAGGAAUUCCAUGGCUGUGGUUCUGGCUCCAAAGAGGGAGGUCUGCCCACCCCCGACUCCCUGACAGAUGCCAUUGCUGACUCCUCCUCAUCCCUGUCAAGUCCUAAUGGAGGAGAGAUUGCCGAGGGUGGUGGAGAAGCUCCCGCAUCUGCCCUUGAUGCUGCUGCUGUCCCCACAGCCUUGAGCUGUGCCACAAGUCCAGACAGUGAGGAGAGUGUAGUGCUGCAGCUUGCCUCAGUACCCUCGACCGGCUCCCUCUCAUCUCGUGCCUCGCGCCUCUCCCACUCUGCCAUGAGCAUCCUGGCAGCCACUCUCACUACCAAAGCUGAUGUGGUGCCUGAAGCUGUGGAUGGCCCAGAUGAUGGCACACAAAGUGGCCUUGAUGAAUUCACCCGCCGGCUAGGUGAGGAUGAUGCAAGGGUGCUGGUGGAUCUGCUUAAGCUGGCAGUGGCAGGAAGGGCAGGACCAAGAGCUUCUCCAGCCAUCACCAAAGUUCUCACAGGUCUUGCUCAAGAGAAUCCUAAUGUGGCUGGGAUGCUGACUGAGCUCUGUGUUACUGAGCUGGAGGAUGCCGCCUCAGACACCGAGGCCAUGCGCUCUGUGCCCCAGCCUGUGGUUCAGGAAAGCUCCCAUCCUUACACAGAUGAUGUCACACUUACUGGAGUUGUCAAGAUUCCUGGCGCGGAGGCCUUGAGGAUAGAGUUCGACCGGCAGUGUUCAACAGAGAGAAAACAUGAUCCCCUUACUAUCAUUGAUGGUGCUGGAAAAAUCAUCUGUACCCGCUCUGGGAGGGAGUGGUCAGACUGGUCCACAGAAGUUCGUAUAUCUGGUGAUGAGAUGCGCUGGAAGUUCACCAGUGAUGGCUCGGUGAAUGGCUGGGGCUGGCGCUUUACAGUGUUUCCACUCAUGCCGUGUGCAGCACCCCGAGAUCUACAUAGUGACCGUCGACUGUUGUCUCGCCCACUUGUGGACUUACCCAUGUGCUUGCUGGAUCCCUUGCUGUCGCUGUGCACUCAGACAACCAUAUUGUCCCGCUUAGCAGCUUCUCUUGCCCUCUGUGCUCAGCUCUCCUCUCUUGCACCUAGUCAACGGAUGUGGGCCCUCAAGACCCUCAGAAAAAUUGUAACAACAGACAUUGGCUCAGGCCUCAACAUUCGGGCACUGCUGUCCGCCUCAUACUCCUCAAGCUCUACUCCUGCUCCAUCCCGGUCCCUUUCCCCAGUUCCCCAGUCUCUCCCCUCUAUGCCCAGCAGCUCCACCACUGUCCCACACUCCCUUGUGCCUCCUGCCCCUCCCUCACUUCGUGGAAGCACAGAAAGCCUAGAUUCCUCAGGAAGCUUUGCAAAACCCUCUACUGAAGUCAAGGUUAUUCAGGAGAUGCCCCUCAUCAGUCUGCUGAAGGGCCUGCCUGAGGCCCUUCUCCGCCAGGCAGAAUAUGAAGACCCUUUGGUACGGGGAGGAAAGCAUCUGAUGCAUUCACAGUUUUUCAAGGUUUUGGUGGGCCUAGCAUGUGACCUUGAGCUGGACAAUGGCGUGGGCUCUGGGGAAGCUCACAAGUGGGCCUGGUUUAGAAGGUACUGCAUGGCCUCCAGGGUCCUCAAGGCUCUCAUCGAACGCACUCAACUCACUCCAAUCUUCUGUGGUGAUGUACAAAAAAAGCUGAGUGAGAUGUUGGGUGAAGGAGAGGUGUUGUCCCUCGACCAUGAGCUGCACACCAUGUUCCAGCACCAGCAUGACGAGCAGCUCCUCCUCUGGUUCAGCAGACGGCCGGAGGACUGGACGCUGUCAUGGGGUGGCAGUGGCAGCAUCUUCGGGUGGGGCCACAACCACCGCGGCCAGUUAGGAGGAGUGGAGGGAGCCAAGGUGAAGCUGCCAACACCCUGUGACACCCUGACAGCCCUGAGGCCUGUCCAGCUCAUUGGAGGAGAGCAGACUCUGUUUGCUGUUACAGCUGAUGGCAAGGUUUAUGCAACUGGUUAUGGUGCAGGAGGUCGACUAGGCAUUGGUGGCGUUGAGUCUGUCUCAACCCCAACACUCCUAGAGUCCAUUCAGCACAUUGUUAUCCGAAAAGUUGCGGUUAACUCCGGGGGAAAGCACUGCCUUGCUCUGACUGCCGACGGGGAUGUGUACUCCUGGGGGGAAGGAGAUGACGGCAAGCUAGGCCAUGGCAACAAAAGCCCCUAUGAUCGCCCACGUCUUAUUGAGACACUGCAAGGUAAAGGAGUGGUAGAAAUAGCAUGUGGCGGCGCCCACUCUGCCGCCAUCACCUCUGCUGGGGAGCUCUACACUUGGGGGAAGGGGCGAUAUGGGCGGCUGGGUCAUGGAGACUCAGAGGAUCAGUUUAGGCCCAAGCUCGUGGAAACACUCGUUGGCUACCGAGUGGUGGACGUGGCAUGCGGCUCCGGUGAUGCACAGACAUUGUGUAUAGUUGAUGAUGACAGUGUUUGGUCCUGGGGUGAUGGGGAUUAUGGCAAGCUUGGGCGUGGUGGCUCAGAUGGCUGUAAGGUCCCCAUGAGAAUAGAUGGCUUGGCAAAUCAAGGUAUAAUAAAGGUGGAGUGCGGGUCACAGUUCUCUGUUGCAUUGGCACGGUCAGGCACUGUGUUCACAUGGGGCAAAGGGGACUACCACCGGCUGGGUCAUGGCACCGAUGACCACGUACGUCGUCCACGCAAGGUUAUGGCAUUGCAAGGCAAGAGAGUCAUCAGCAUUGCCACAGGGUCCCUCCAUUGUGUGUGCUGCACCAGUGAUGGGGAGGUGUACACCUGGGGAGACAAUGAUGAAGGUCAGCUGGGGGACAGCACCACCAAUGCCAUCCAGAGGCCACGCCUGGUUAUGGCUCUCCAGGCCAAGAAAAUAAACCGGGUGGCAUGCGGAUCAGCCCACACUCUGGCCUGGAGCACAAGCCGGGCCGUGAGUACAGGCCGGCUCCCCUCACAGGUGCCCAUCGAGUAUGACUUGCUCAAGGAGGUCCCACUACCAACACUCAGGAACAGACUGGUUCUGCUACACCACUUUUCUGAUCUGGUUUGUCAGAGCAUCUCCAUGUUUGAUUUGUGCAGCCCUCCAGAAGACGACGAAGGGGAGGGAGCAGUUGUGUCCAGACUGAGGGCCAUAGUGGUCUCUUCAGCCAAGGAGACGGCCUUCAAAAAGGUGAUCCAGGCCACCAUGGUGAGGGACCGUCAACAUGGACCCAUAGUUGAGCUGAAUCGCAUCAGUGUAAAGCGUUCCCGAUCUCGUGGUGGCCUGGCUGGAGCGGACGGCAUGAAGUCAGUGUUUGGCCAGAUGGUGGCAAAGAUGUCUCUCCUGACCCCUGAUGCACUGUUUCUUCCUCACAGAGUCUGGAAAGUGAAAUUUGUUGGGGAAAGUGUUGAUGACUGUGGUGGAGGAUACAGUGAAAGCAUUGCUGAGAUGUGUGAUGAGCUGAUGAAUGGCUCCCUUCCACUACUUAUUCCAACUCCAAAUGGCCGUGAUGAAGCUGGCACCUCCCGGGACUGUUUCCUCCUCAACCCUCAGUCAAGCUCUGCUCACCACAUGAACAUGUUUACAUUCUUAGGUGUUUUGAUGGGUAUAGCCAUCCGCACUGGCAGUCCUCUGAGCCUCAACCUCGCAGAGCCUGUGUGGAAGCAGCUUGCUGGGAUGGCCUUAACACCAGCAGACAUAACAGAGGUUGAUCGCCACUAUGUGCCAGGCUUGAUGUGUGUCCAGCAGAUGGAAGGUGAUGAGAAAACCUUCAGUAGUCUUGACCUUCCCUUCACCACCACCUCUGCUGCUGGGCAUGAUGUUCCCCUCUCCUCUCGCCAUACCAGAAUCACUUUGGCCAACAGACAUGAAUAUGUUCGUCUGGCUCUUAAUUACAGACUGCAUGAAUUUGAUGCCCAGGUAGCGGCAGUGAGGGCUGGAAUGGCACGCGUUAUCCCAGUGCCACUGCUGUCACUUUUCACUCCAUAUGAGGUGGAGACAAUGGUGUGCGGCUCACCUGACAUCCCCCUAAACCUCCUCAAGAGUGUGGCAACUUACAAAGGAGUGGAGGCAACAGCUCCACUAGUCCAGUGGUUCUGGGAAGUGAUGGAAGAGUUCAGCACGGCCGAGCGAUCUUUGUUCUUGAGGUUCGUGUGGGGCAGAACAAGGUUGCCUCGCACAAUUGCUGACUUUAGAGGACGAGAUUUUGUGUUCCAGGUACUUGAUAAAUACACUCCUCCAGACCACUUCCUGCCAGAAUCAUACACAUGCUUCUUCUUGCUCAAGAUGCCCCGGUAUUCAUGCAAGGCUGUGCUCCGUGAGAAGUUAAAAUAUGCAAUCCACUUCUGCAAAAGCAUUGAUACUGAUGAUUAUGCAAGAGUAGCCAUGACUGGAGCUGGAGUGGAGGAUAAUGUCUCCUCAGAAUCUGACACAGAUGAUUGGGACUCUAUUGGUAGCGAUGAACCAAUGGCUGACUGUGUGUCUCUCUACUCAACAUGAUUUGUAUAAACAAGCUCUGCUUCACGAAGUUGGACUAGGCAUCACUUGAGCUUUAUGUGGCACUUGCAUUAAUUUGUUCAUAUAUAUAUAUAUAUAUAUAUAUAUAUAUAUAUAUAUAUAUAUAUAUAUAUAUAUAUAUAUAUAUAUAUAUAUAUAUAUAUAUAUAUAUAUACAUACAUA